AUGGAGAGGGCGCUAAACCUGCCUACAGACGAAGACUUGUUCCACAAGAGCUACAGCGCCUCGGCCAAGAGAAUGGAGUCUGCCUUUCGUUCACCCCCGGGGCUCGACCUGGCCGCCCACCAGCAACAGCAGCGCGAGUCGCGGCAAGCGCCGUCGCCUCUGAGCUGCUACGAGCCGGCUGACUCCGAGGUGCUGCUGAGGGAAAGCGCGGCCGGGGCACUGGUGGCCGGGGACCCGCUGGGCGGCUCGGUCUGCGUCAAGUACGGGCAGAGCACGACCAGCCGCAGCUCGGUAGCCGAGAGCAGCGGCGGCGAGCAAAGUCCGGACGACGACAGCGACGGGCGCUGCGAGUUACUGCUACGGGGCCCCGGCGGAGGCAGCGGCUCCGGAGUCGUCGUCAGCUCUGGGGGCGCCCUACUCAAGGCGCCGGAGGGCGGCGCCUGCUCCAAUAGCCACCACGGCAGCGGCGGCGGCGGCGGGGGCAAGAAGUCCAAGGAGCAGAAGGCGCUGCGGCUCAACAUCAACGCCCGCGAGCGGAGGCGCAUGCACGACCUGAACGACGCGCUCGACGAGCUGCGGGCCGUCAUCCCUUACGCCCACAGUCCCUCGGUGCGGAAGCUCUCCAAGAUCGCCACGCUUCUCCUGGCCAAGAACUAUAUCCUGAUGCAGGCGCAGGCCCUCGACGAGAUGCGCCGCCUUGUCGCUUAUCUCAACCAGGGCCAGGCGAUUUCGGCGGCCUCGCUGCCCUCUUCAGCGGCGGCCGCGGCGGCUGCAGCGGCUGCUUUGCACCCGGCUCUCGGGGCCUAUGAGCAGGCGGCGGCAGGCUACCCUUUCAGUGCCGGCUUGCCGCCCGCCACCUCUUGCCCGGAAAAAUGUGCCAUUUUCAACAGCGUCUCGUCCAGUCUCUGCAAACAGUGCACGGAGAAGCCUUAA